AUGGCGGACGAGGACAUUGAUUCACUGCUGCAGGAAGGCAUCCAGGCUGCUGCCAAGGACGACGAGGAUGCGAAGAACGACAGACCAGAGGAGGACUCACGCCGCUCCUCUCGACGUCGCAGCAGGACGCGCAGUCGAAGUCACUCGCGACGUCGUCAUCGGGAUCGCCCACGCUCCCGAUCCAGAAGUCCGCGUCGCUCUCGUCGCUCUCGUCGCUCUCGCUCCCGCUCUUCACGUCGCAGUCGCGGGAGCUCUCGACGAGAUAAAGGACGCAGUCGCAGCCGCAGCAGGGAGCGUUCAUCCAGAAAGAAACGCAAGAGCAAAAGUCGCUCUCGCUCGGCUCCAAAGGAGGAGAGAGAACGAAGCACAUCGGCUGAGCGUGCAGAGCGUGCAAAGCAGCGUGAACUCAUGGAACUCACGAGAGACCACCGUACAGUCUUCGUGGGCCAACUGACUCAAAAAGUGCGCGAGAAGGACUUGGAGCGAUUUCUAACCAAGACUGGCAAGGUGGAGAACGUGUUGCUGAUCCGUGACAAGUUCACCAACCGCUCCAAGGGCUUUGCGUACGUGGAACUGUCGAAUCUGGAAGAUGUGCCAAAGGUUUUGCUUCUGAAUGGACAGGUGCCGGACUUCCAGGUAUUCCCCAUCAUGAUCAAGGUGUCAGAAGCCGAGAAAAACUUUGCAGCCAAGAAAGACUCGGUUAUGAACGGCACUGCAGCUUCUGGCGGUCCUCUGAGUGCUGAUGGGUCCGGCGCAGGACUGGCAGGCGCCAUCUCGGGCGGUGGCAUGUCUGCGUCCGCCUUAUCCGCUGCGAGUCGCAUUUACUGCGGAAACCUCCACACGAACAUCACUGAAGACGAUCUACGAAUCGUCUUCCAGUCGUUUGGAGAGGUUCUUUCAGUGACGAUCAACCGGGAUGAGAUGGGUCGCUCCAAGGGCUUCAGUUUUAUACAGUUCAGCAGUCCACAGGAAGCCAACUUUGCCCUGUCCAAGGGCAACGGGUUGGAGCUGGCAGGCAGUUUUCUACGAUUGGGUCCUGUGAAUGAGAACGCAGUGGGGAACCGCACAGGCGUGUCAAGUGUGGAUAAUAACGCGACAGGUGGACGAUGGAAGCUGGAGGACGAGGAGGGUGAGGGCUUGAGUAUGAACGCGCAGUCGCGCUCGGCGUUGAUGGCGAAGCUCGCUGGAAAUGACGUGAAUCUGUUCCCGUCCAUGAGUGGAGUUGGCGGAUACACGGCGUCCACUGCUGCGUACACCAAUAGUAUGGCCGCUACCGCCGCGCAGAGAGCGGAACAAGCUACGGCGCUGAUGUCAUCGUCGGAGAUUGAAGGCAGCGAGUCGUUCUGCUUCGUGGUGAAGAAUAUGUUCGACGUGUAUCAGGAGCAAAAGAGCGGGAACCCGGAGUGGGGCGUGGAGAUCCAGCAAGAUGUCGAGGAAGAGUGUGGCCAGUAUGGCUCUGUGCUGCAUACGUACGUGGAGAAGGAGAAACAAGGAGGCCUCGUGUACGUGCUGUUUGGAACUGUAGAAGCUGCCGUGUCUGCCGCCAAGAAGCUGCAUGGUCGGUGGUUCAACAAGCGACAGAUUAGUGUUAGAUAUCUGUCGUCGCAGGAGUACGUGGGCAUGUUUCCCGAGGCCAGAUCCGCUGUACAGACGGCACGCGCCAGCCAGUAA